ACUUCCGGGCUGGGGUGUUUGUUUGGACUGGAGAAGGGAGGCGGCGGGCGAAGCGCGCGUCGAGCCGGGGAGCGGCGCUGACUGUGGAGAUCCGCGGAGGCCGUCCGGAUCGUUGGCUGCCGUCCCCGCUGCCGUGCACUGGAUUACUUGCCUGAAACUCACUUGUACAGUGGACAGAUCCAGACACGGAAGAACUCGACCUGGACCCAGAGAUAAAGGAAUAGAGUGUACUAUGAAGUCUAGAGAUCCACAGCAUUCUUUACCUUGGGACUGAGAAAUUAAGAGGUUAAAAACGACAACUAACGCCAACCAUGAAAGAUCCAAGUCGCAGCAGUACUAGCCCAAGCAUCAUCAAUGAAGAUGUGAUUAUUAAUGGUCAUUCUCAUGAAGAUGACAAUCCAUUUGCAGAAUACAUGUGGAUGGAAAAUGAAGAGGAAUUCAACAGACAAAUAGAAGAGGAGUUAUGGGAAGAAGAAUUUAUUGAACGCUGUUUCCAAGAAAUGCUGGAAGAAGAGGAGGAACAUGAGUGGUUUAUUCCAGCUCGAGAUCUCCCACAAACUAUGGACCAAAUCCAAGACCAAUUUAAUGACCUUGUUAUCAGUGAUGGCUCUUCUCUGGAAGAUCUUGUGGUCAAGAGCAAUCUGAAUCCAAAUGCAAAGGAGUUUGUUCCUGGGGUGAAGUACUAAAAUAUUUGAGUAGACGGGGCCCUCUUUUGGUGGAUGUAGCACAAUUUCCACACUGUGAAGGCAGUAUUAGAAGACUUAAUUGUAAAAGCUCUCUCUUGUCACUGUGUUACACUUAUGCAUUGCCAAAGUUUUGUU